AUUACACUGUGGAUCCUGAUGUCCGGUCUGGAUCACUCGAACCAAAGAAAAGAUUCAACAAUUUAACCGGUUUUCUUACCCGGUUUCAUACUCCGGAGUAUAUCAGAGAGAUCCAGAAUUUGAUGAUCUUCGAUGAUGUUAAGCGGUGAAAGAAGAAGAAUAACGAAGACACGGGCCAUUCCUACGGCCAUCUUUGCGAUCCGAGCUCUCACUCUAUCACGCGCAUUGACUAUCCCAUUUCAUGGAACGAGGGCAACUCGUCAGUUAGAAUGCAAUGUUGAUAUCAGUGCGCUGAACACAUGCUUCACUUCGCAUAUCGUGUCCCUAGAGGACAGACGACUCCCGAGAUCAGCCAUGCUACGGAGACUUGAAAGACACCCUGACUGAUGUGUCUUUGAGUUGGCAUUCUUCUUAUGCAGCUUCUUGCCGGCCGAAUAACCAGGAC